UUUGUCACAUCCUUGUGUCGCACAUCCUUGGGUGCACUAGUGUUUGUUGCUGGAUGUUGUUGUUGUUGUUGAUUAGUAUUCCAACAUGGCAGACAUGAGCAAAGCAGAAAGAUUAGCGGCUGCUAGAAAAAAGCUGCAAGAUUUCCAGCGAAAGAAGGAGGCCCCUCCCAGCAUUCCUCUUGCUGCUCCUGCAGAGUAUAAUGUCGCCUCAGUGUUAUUUGCUGGAGAUCAACCGAAGCAGGAUCCAUUCAGUGAAGUUCUAGACCCAAAUGUCUAUGCACCUGCUGUCACAUCACAGCUCUUUCACAAUACAUCCAAUGUUUAUCUUCCAAAUGGAUCCAAUGAAGAAACCAGCAUUAGUGAUCAGUCUACUUCAGUAAAUGGUCAUCAGCAUGGUUUCUUGAAAGAAGAAUCAGUCACACCGCUUGAUUCAUACAAGAGUACUUCUGCUCCUGAUGCAAUUCCAACUGAUGCAAUGCCAACUGAUUCACCAGCUGUCUUUAGUGCAAGUACAUACUUCAAUAACUUCAGCGCUGAGCCUUUCAACACUGGUCAUGACACUACGCAGGGAAUCUUUGCACCAAGUCAAGUCAGCUCAUCAGCCCAUUUUUUCACUCCCAGUGAUAAUGGACUAGAUAGCUGGAAUCCAAAUCCAUUUCCAAAUCCUGCAUCUAUAGAUCAGGCCAAUAAUUAUGGUGUGGAUGCAGCUGCAGAUGUAAUUCCAUACGAUCAAACUGCAGAAAAUCAAGUGUCUGUAUUCCCAGAGGACUUACAAAAACACCCUGUUCCCUCAGAAGAAAUGACUAAAGUGCCACAAGAAGAACUACUUCUGAACACCUCAUCAACUAGUUAUGGAAAUGAUUUGACUGUGAAGAAAGAGUCAGAGGUUCCAGUGAAUGGGCGCUCAAGUACUGAAAGUAUUCGACAGCUCACAGAUCAAAUUUCUCAGUUGUUUGAUCCUUCUGCUCAAGACGAUACCCAAACAAAUUCCACACUUCUCUCUUCAUUAGAAACUCGCAAUCAAGAGCUUGCUGCCCAGCUAGAGACUGAGCGUCGCACUAACCAACAGCUCCAAUUUACAUUGAAGGAAAAUCAAUCUCAAAUUUCACAUUUGGAGUUAAAAGUCCAAGAUGUUCAAGCUCAGCAAGAAGUGGUUCUAGCGAGACAUCUAGGUCCUCUUCAGGAACAAUUGAGAGCUCAUGCCCAAACAGUGGGCAUAUUGGUUGGGGAAAAGACUGAGUUGGAAGCGGCACUUGCUCACCACACAGCUACAGCCAAGCAGCAUGCUGGUGAGGUCGAAGAGCUGCAAAAUCGGUUGCGCGCUUCCAGGCAUCGUGUGAGUGAACUGGAGAAGGAAUUAUCAUCUGUCACAGCUACAGCCCACGCCGCUGAUAAACAAAAAAAUAAUCAUGUUCAAGAAGUUGACCAAUUGCGUUUACAAAAUGGCAUGCUCAGUAAACAGUUAGAAGAUGCUGAGGAAGAAGCUUCUGAACUCAGGCAAAAAUUGAGUGCCCGUGUUUCAGAAGUUGGAUCACUGACAACACAACUGCAAGAAAAGCAGUCUCAGCUAUCUCUGGCCCAGCUGAGAAUAACUCAGCUAAGUGCAUCAGAUAAUCCAGAAGCCAGUGCUGAAAUUGAGUCUUUACAUCAAAUGAAAAUUUCAUUGGAACGGCGUUGUAUGGAACUGACUGAAACAGUUCGUCAGCUAUCAGCUGAUAGAGAUCAAGCAGACCAACAGUACCAACAGUAUGUGGCUCAGCUCAAUGGGCAGCUCCAAGUUGCCACUUCAAAGCUGGAGUCGGUGAGCCUUGAUAAUGAAAAAUUGAAAAGUCGUGAAGUAGACCUAGUGCAGAAUAUGUCAGAGCUUGAACGACAGUUGCAACAGCAGAUUCAGUUAAAUCAGCAGCAGCAACAGCAACACAAUCAGUUGCAGCAACAGCCUCAACAAACCACUGAACUAAGCUCUGAUAGCACAACAAGUCUUCUUGAGAAAAUUUCUCUGUUAGAAGAAGAAAAACAGAAAUUGCAGUCAACCUUAGAUUCAGAGGCUGAAGAACUGGUCAGUCUCCGUGCUGAGGUUGAGGAGAAGGACAGUCGUAUUGCUGACUUAGAAACACUUUGUAAUGAAAGACCAGAUCAGUCAAGACUCCUGGCUGCCAUGGAAAGUGAUAAGGUUGCUGCUGCUCAGGCAACAUCUCAAAAUGCAGUUCUGAAACAGCAAUUGCUAGAGCUCCAAUAUGGAUUCAUCAAAAUGAGUAAUGAGAAAUUGAAUUUGACAGAAGGUUUAGAACAUGAGAAACAUGUUAAUAAGGAAAUGGGAGAAAAAAUAUCCCAGCUUGCUGAAGAGUUACAUGAAUUACGGGUGUCAGUUUCUGAGAAAGAACGCCGUCUUCAAGAAUAUAGGAAAAACCAACAUGAUCAUAGUCAUGAUCACCUGAACUGCAAUGAUAAUCAUGAACACAACCAUGAUCAUGGAGGAGACAACAAAAAGGACAGUUCCAAACAAAUUAACGACAAGCAAGCCAUUCAAGUUAAUACCGCCUUGCAAGAACAACUAAAUCAAGCCCAGGAACACAUCCACAACCUUAACAGCCAAAACAACAGCUUGCGUCGGCUGAUUGCUCAGAAAUCUACUGAAAGUCAUGAAUCUGGAAGCAGCAGUAGUGCCACAGAGGGGGCCACUACAGAUGACGCGGGCGCCGACCCAGAGACAAAUUGUGAAGAUGGUUUAGAUGGGCACAAUAACUACAGCUGCAUGCAGUUUGCUAUGGAAAAAUUACAAGAACGCUUUACUCGCACAAUGACUGAGGUUGCUGAGCUGACUGAUGAAAAGCAGCGUCUGGAGCACCUCGUCCUCCAGCUCCAGGGCGAAACUGAAACCAUUGGGGAAUAUGUAGCUUUGUACCAAAUGCAGCGAGCAGCUCUGCAACAAAGAGCUCGUGAAAAAGACCAUCAGUUAGCAAGUUUGUCAGCAGAACGUGAGGAUUUGCGCCGCAAAUUACAAGAACUAAAUCAUCUUGUUAAAACACUGUUAGAUGACCGAGGGAUGGAAACAGCUAAAGAAGCAUUGCCUGCCCUUGAAUUAUCAAAUGAUAAUGAAACUAGCAAGAUUGAUUCAGAUGUAAUUGAAGUUCCAGCUGUGGCAGUGGGACAAGAGACCAACUCCAACCAGGAUGUUGCUAAGCGUCUCACCAAACAAAUUUUAUCAAUUAUUGAUGAUAUUGAGGUCACCAAUGCUGUUGAAGCAUCUUUCCACCCUUGUCCUUGGUGUUCUGGAAGAUUAAAAAAUGUAUAAGGUGUACUCAAGGUACAGUAGGGUGAGAGGCCAAUCAGACCAGAAUUGUUUGUUAGAUUUUAAUUUAUGAAAAGUUCAAGCACAAAUUAUCAACACUCUUAUAUUUGGAAUAAUUUAGGCCAUACUUGCUUUAAAUAAAUUUGUAUAGCAUUUUGUAAAGAAACCCCAGUCUUUGCUGUAGACAUCUCGGUGAUAUUUUCUAUUUAAUUCUGCAGAGAGAACUUUCUACAUUUGUAAUGGUUAAUGCAUUGAAUUUUAAUUAAACCGUGGUUGAAUCCACAUGAAGCUAAUUUACCUGAAAUAAAUCAAGUAUUUGCUAUCAGCAGUUUUCAUGAUGACUAGGAUUUGAUAAAAGUGUAAGCAGUUGUACAUAUGGAUUUUACUUUAAGUGGAUUUAACCAUGGUGUAUGUGGAUAGUUACCAUUGUAUGUAUCUUAAUGUCGCAAUUAAUUUAUCAUAGAACCUAGUGUUAAAUUGUUAUAACUAGUAUUGAAUAUUUAUGUAUUGAUGAAUCUUCCUUCAUUGACUAUCUAAAAACAUCUUUAAUGUUUCUACCCUCAUGAGGUUUAUGUACUUUUAAAGAUUGAUGGUGGUAAAUAUAUUUAUUUGUGGCUGUUA